CAGGUGAACAAGGUGAUGUCCAUCUUGUUUUAUGUGAUAUUUCUCGCGUAUCUCCGUGGCAUCCAAGGUAACAACAUGGAUCAAAGGAGUUUGCCUGAAGACUCACUAAAUUCCCUGAUUAUUAAACUGAUCCAGGCAGAUAUUUUGAAAAACAAGCUCUCCAAGCAGAUGGUGGACGUUAAGGAAAACUACCAGAGCACCCUGCCCAAAGCAGAAGCCCCCCGAAAGCCGGAGCAGGGAGAGCCCACCAAGUCGGAGUUCCAGCCAGUGACUGCAAUGGACACAGAACUCCUGCGGCAACAGAGACGCUACAGCUCGCCCCGGGUCCUGCUGAGUGACAGCACCCCCUUGGAGCCCCCUCCCUUGUAUCUCAUGGAGGAUUACGUGGGCAACCCCGUGGCGGCCAACAGAACGUCGCGGAGGAAGAGGUACGCAGAGCACAAGAGUCACCGAGGUGAGUACUCGGUAUGCGACAGCGAGAGCCUGUGGGUAACCGACAAGUCCUCGGCCAUCGACAUUCGGGGACACCAGGUCACGGUGCUGGGGGAGAUCAAAACCGGCAACUCUCCCGUCAAACAAUAUUUUUAUGAGACGAGAUGUAAAGAAGCCAGGCCUGUCAAAAACGGUUGCAGGGGGAUUGACGAUAAACACUGGAACUCUCAGUGCAAAACUUCCCAAACCUACGUCCGCGCACUGACGUCAGAAAACAAUAAACUUGUAGGCUGGCGAUGGAUACGGAUAGACACCUCCUGUGUGUGUGCCUUGUCGAGAAAAAUUGGAAGAACAUAA